AUGUCUGGAACCACCACGCCUUCGCAGUCACAGGCGAACAGCAGCAGCUGGACCGCCUUCGUCAAGUCUAUCGCAUCCUUCAAUGGCGACCUCUCCUCCCUUACCGCUCCUCCCUUCAUCCUCUCCUCGCAGUCUCUCACUGAGUUCUCCGCGUACUGGGCAACGCACCCUCCCGUCCUGACCGCUCCCGCUGCCGAGUCCGACCCUGCCAAGCGGGCUAUGCUAGUCCUCAAGUGGUUCCUCUCGACCCUCAAGCACCAGUACGCCAGCCGUAGCGAGCAGUACGGAAACGAGAAGAAGCCCCUAAACCCCUUCCUCGGCGAGCUAUUCCUCGGAUCUUGGAACGACGAGGCCGGCAAGACCACGCUCGUCUCAGAGCAGGUCAGCCACCACCCUCCUGCUACCGCCUACUGCAUUCGCAACGACAAGACCGGUAUCGAGCUGGAGGGUUACAAUGCUCAGAAGGCCACCUUUAAGAGCACCAUUAUUGUUAAGCAGAUCGGCCACGCCGUCCUGCGUGUUCCUCUGCCCUCGGGCGAGAUCGAGUCCUACCUCAUCACCCUUCCUGGUCUCCACAUCGAGGGUCUGAUUUUCGGCGCUCCUUUCGUAGAGCUUGAUGGCUCAAGUUUCAUCACCAGCUCCAGCGGCUAUACCGCCAAGAUCGACUACAGCGGAAAGGGCUGGCUUUCUGGCAAGAAGAAUACCAUUGUCGCCACUAUUAGCCCUACAGGCAAGGAGAAGGAGGUUCUCUUCAACGUCACUGGCCAGUGGAACAAGACCUUUGAGAUCUACUCGGGUCCCGCCAAGACGAACUCCAAGUCCACCCUUGUGGCCACCUACGACGCUGUCAACACUGCCCAGACCGAGCUCGAGGUAGCCCCGAUCGACAAGCAGCAUCCUCUUGAGUCCCGCCGCGCCUGGGCUCGUGUCGCCGAAGCUAUCCAGAAGGGCGACAUGGACACUACUGGUAUCGAGAAGGGUAAGAUUGAGCAGGCCCAGCGCGACAUGCGCGCCAAGGAGCGCUCAGAGGACCGUACCUGGGAGCGUCAGUACUUCACCGCCGUCGAGGGCAAGGAUGACGUCCUCCAGCAGCUCGGCAAGGUCGUCAGCGUGCCAGUCGACGGUGACGCCGACAAGACUGGCGGACUCUGGCGAUUCGACAAGACCAAGGCCGAAGCCCAGGCGGCCCAGGAGCUCACAGACGAGGACGUGGCCAAGAUUGAGAAGGAAUUGCUGGGCUGGUAG